AUGCCAUCAUCAGAGCAACCUGGGUCGUCUACUGCUCCAUGCAGUCUCUUUGAACAUUUUCAAAGGCUCAGACCGCCCACCUUUGCUAGCACACAUCAUCUUAAGGAGGCCGAGUUUUGGCUAAAUCGUGUCACCAAGGCGAUUCGGCCCCCCCACUACACCAAGGCGGAACAAGUAGAGUUGAUCUCCUACCUAAUUGAGAAGGAGGCCGACAUAUGGUGGGAAUGCCUGUUGAGGAUUGUCCCUGCCAACUUUGUCUGGACAUGGGAAGAUUUUGAAGCCCGCUUCUUCCAAAAGUACUUCCCACAAACCUACAGAAAUGAGAAGGAGAAUGAGUUCUGGCGCCUCCAACAAGGAGGGAUGUCGGUAGCCAAGUACGAGAAAUGGUUUACCGAGUUGUCCCGCUAUGCCCCCCGAAUAGUUGCCGAUGAAGAAACCCGGAUGAGGUGCUUCAACGAAGGCCUGAGGGUCGGCAUUCGCACUAAGAUGUGUUGUGCAAAUAUCCGUACAUAUGCCGAAUUAGUGGAAAUGUCCUUGCGGUCUGAGCAGGACAGAGAGCGGCUCUCUCGAGUUCGCCUCCAACUUGACUCUCGAGGCAGAAUGGGAGGACAGUCUUCUUCUUCCACAGGGAGGAAACCGCACCCAAGCUCCCCUCCCCAACAUGCAACUCCUCCACCCGUCUAUCCCCAACUUGAUUGCACCUGCGGGUACUGUAAGAAAGUGAGCCAUUCAGAGGCUUUCUGCUUUUCUCGGAUGAGGGACCACAGCUACGCGCCCCCUCAGUACAUCAAACGACCGUCCCAACUAGCAUUGUCAGCUCCCCCUUAG